GGAGUUGAGCUGGGGGUGUGGAGCAGCCAAGAUGGAGCCGGCAGCCGGUGGUUUGGGCCCGCUGAUUGUGAACAACAAGCAGCCCCAGCCGCCGCCACCUCCUCCGCCCGCAGCAGCACAGCCGCCACCCGGGGCACCGCGGGCCGGCGGGGGCCUCCUGCCCGGGGGCAAAGCCCGAGAGUUCAACCGCAAUCAGCGCAAAGACUCGGAGGGCUAUUCCGAGUCUCCAGACCUCGAGUUUGAAUAUGCUGACACAGACAAGUGGGCCGCGGAGCUCUCAGAGCUGUACAGCUACACGGAAGGGCCAGAAUUCCUCAUGAAUCGAAAAUGCUUUGAGGAGGACUUCCGGAUCCAUGUGACAGACAAGAAGUGGACCGAGCUGGAUACCAACCAACACCGUACCCAUGCCAUGAGGCUCCUGGAUGGCUUAGAAGUCACUGCCAGGGAAAAGAGACUCAAGGUGGCCCGAGCAAUUCUCUAUGUUGCCCAAGGCACCUUUGGGGAGUGCAGCUCAGAGGCAGAGGUGCAGCUCUGGAUGCGCUACAACGUCUUUCUGCUCCUGGAGGUGGGCACGUUCAAUGCUCUGGUGGAUCUUCUGAACAUGGAAAUAGACAACAGUGCCGCGUGCAGCAGUGCAGUGAGGAAGCCUGCCAUCUCCCUGGCCGACAGCACAGACCUGAGGGUUCUGCUCAACAUCAUGUACCUGAUUGUGGAGACUGUGCACCAGGAGUGUGAGGGUGACAAGGCCGAGUGGAGGACGAUGCGACAGACCUUCCGUGCUGAGCUGGGCUCACCACUGUACAACAACGAGCCAUUUGCCAUCAUGCUGUUUGGGAUGGUGACCAAAUUUUGCAGCGGCCAUGCCCCCCACUUCCCUAUGAAGAAGGUUCUCUUGCUUCUCUGGAAGACAGUGUUGUGCACGCUCGGUGGCUUCGAAGAGCUGCAGAGUAUGAAGGCUGAGAAGCGCGCCCUCCUGGGCCUUCCCCCCCUGCCUGAGGACAGCAUCAAAGUGAUCCGCAACAUGAGGGCCGCCUCCCCGCCCGCAUCCGCAUCAGACCUCAUUGAACAGCAGCAGAAGCGUGGCCGCCGGGAGCACAAGGCGCUGAUAAAGCAGGAUAAUUUAGAUGCCUUCAACGAGCGGGAUCCCUACAAAGCUGAUGACUCUCGAGAAGAGGAGGAAGAGAGUGACGAUGACAACAGUUUGGAGGGGGAGACAUUCCCGCUUGAGCGUGAUGAGGUGAUGCCUCCGCCUCUACAGCACCCCCAAACGGACAGGCUCACCUGCCCGAAGGGGCUUCCAUGGGCUCCCAAGGUCAGGGAGAAGGACAUCGAGAUGUUCCUCGAGUCCAGCCGCAGCAAGUUCAUAGGUUACACUCUGGGCAGUGACACUAACACCGUGGUCGGGCUGCCCAGGCCAAUCCACGAAAGCAUCAAGACUCUGAAGCAGCACAAGUACACAUCAAUUGCGGAGGUCCAGGCGCAGAUGGAGGAGGAGUACCUUCGCUCUCCGCUCUCGGGUGGAGAAGAGGAAGUUGAGCAGGUCCCUGCAGAAACCCUCUACCAAGGCCUGCUUCCCAGCCUGCCUCAGUACAUGAUUGCCCUCCUGAAGAUCCUGCUGGCUGCAGCCCCCACCUCAAAAGCCAAAACAGACUCAAUCAAUAUCCUAGCGGACGUCCUCCCGGAAGAGAUGCCCACCACAGUGUUGCAGAGCAUGAAGUUGGGAGUGGAUGUGAACCGCCACAAGGAGGUCAUUGUUAAGGCCAUCUCUGCGGUGCUGCUGCUGCUGCUGAAGCACUUUAAGUUGAACCACAUCUACCAGUUUGAGUACAUGGCUCAGCACCUGGUGUUUGCCAACUGCAUCCCUUUGAUCCUAAAGUUCUUCAAUCAAAACAUCAUGUCCUAUAUCACCGCCAAGAACAGCAUCUCUGUUCUGGAUUAUCCGCACUGCGUGGUCAAUGAGCUGCCAGAGCUGACUGCGGAGAGUCUGGAAGCAGGUGACAACAACCAGUUUUGUUGGAGGAACCUCUUCUCUUGUAUCAAUCUGCUUCGGAUCUUGAACAAGUUGACAAAAUGGAAGCAUUCCAGGACAAUGAUGCUCGUGGUGUUCAAGUCAGCACCCAUCUUGAAGCGGGCGCUCAAGGUGAAGCAAGCCACGAUGCAGCUGUACGUGCUGAAGCUGCUCAAGGUGCAGACCAAGUACUUGGGGCGGCAGUGGCGCAAGAGCAACAUGAAGACCAUGUCUGCCAUCUACCAGAAAGUGCGGCAUCGGCUGAACGACGACUGGGCAUAUGGCAACGAUCUUGAUGCCCGGCCUUGGGACUUCCAGGCAGAGGAAUGUGCCCUCCGCGCCAGCAUCGAGCGCUUCAAUGCCCGGCGCUACGACCAGGCCCACAGCAACCCUGACUUCCUGCCGGUGGACAACUGCUUGCAGAGUGUCCUCGGCCAAAGGGUCGAUCUUCCUGAGGACUUCCAGAUGAACUACGACCUCUGGUUAGAAAGAGAGGUCUUCUCUAAGCCCAUUUCCUGGGAAGAGCUGCUGCAGUGAGGCUAGUAGGCACGAAACAGAUGGCAAGAAGGGGCGAUCUCCUGCCGGAGGGACUGCCCGGAGGUUGCUGCAGUGCUCCCGUACUCCUCCAGGUGGCAGCACGGCCCCGCGGUGUCCUCCACAGCCCGCGGUCCGCGGGUGAGCCCUUGUUGGCUGGCCUCUGGUUCCGCUCCACGUGCGACCCCGGAGCAGUCGUCCUCUGCUCGGGAUCCACUCUUCUCCACUCCUCCCAAACGUCGUCCUCCCGCGGUGGAUGUGGCGGGUUGCAGCUCACCUCAGUCAGUCCGGGGCUGGGAAAAGCUGGGCCGAGCAGGGUGUUCCUUCUCGCACAUCUGCAUUUCAGCUUCACGCCGACUUCGGGGUUGCACAGCGCUGGCACGUCAGCGGGCCAAGACAGAGGACCUAGGGUUAGCGCCGCGACUGGCAAGCUGGCGUCUUGGUUGUACUUUGGGGGUUUCUGAACCGUUCCAGCCCCCUGCUGAAUUUCAUCCAGAAGCAGCCGUAAUGGCUGCUGCAGCAGCAGCUCUUUGGCUUUGGAAGAGGUCGGAACAGGGAGCGAGGCUUCCCUUAAGCAGGGGUGCCAGUGUCCUUUGGGUUUGCAGGGGCCUGUAAAUAGCUCUACAUUAAUCUGUAUGUGGUCGUUUGUGUCUUGUUGGGAUUUUUAUGUGUUUGUGUAUUCUGUUUACAUUAAAAGGGAGCAAAAACAAUCCCUGUUUCCCUUGCCUUCAGGAAAUAUGGACUUUAUGGACUUAGAAUCUCUAGUUCUCAGAAGUUGGUUUUCCCACCAGCGUUGAUAGGUUGACAACUUGUCUUCUGCAAGUCUUGGGGGGAGAAGUGGAAAUGUUGACGCCUGUCCAAAGGGUCCU